GUCAAAUACCCAUUUCGUAACUUCAGAUCCCUCCCACACCCAUAAAUAGUCCUCAAUCCGACUCUCCAGCAUCAUAUCACCAGCGAACGCAUCUUUCUCCAUCAGCAUACUCUAGUUGGUAUUCUAAACUUUUUUGGGGCAGAAGAUUUUUAUUGAAAAAUCCAUUUCAAUGGCUGAUAAAAGCAAGAUUUUGAUCAUCGGAGGAACUGGGUACAUCGGGAAACAUGUAGUCGAAGAGAGCGCAAAGAGUGGACACCCCACUUUUGCCUUGGUUAGAGAGAGCUCUGUUUCUGAUCCUGUCAAGGGAAAGCUUAUUGAGAACUUCGAAAGCUUGGGCGUCACCAUACUUUUCGGAGAUCUCUACAACCAUGAUAGCUUGUUGGAUGCGGUGAAGAAGGUGGACAUAGUGAUAUCAACAGUAGGGCAUAUGCAGAUACCUGAUCAGGUCAACAUCAUCGCUGCCAUUAAAGAGGCUGGUAAUGUUCAGAGGUUUUUGCCUUCUGAGUUUGGAAAUGAUGUGGAUCAUCUUCACUCUGUGGAGCCAUUGACAUCUGCAUUUGCAAGGAAGAUCAAGCUCCGACGUACCAUUGAGGCUGAAGGAAUCCCUUACACUUAUGUGUGCUGCAACUACUUUGCCGGCUUUUUCCUCCCUACAUUGUGUCAGUUUGGAGUCCAAGCUCCUCCAAGAGACAAGGUCUCUAUCUUGGGAGAUGGGAAUGCUAAAGCUGUUUUCAAUGAGGAGAAUGACAUUGCCACGUUCACCAUCAAAGCUAUAAAUGAUCCGGAAACUUUGAAUAAGGUUGUCUACAUCAGGCCUCCUCUCAACACUAACUCAAUGAACGAGCUUGUCACUCUGUGGGAGAACUUGAUUGGCCAAACCCUUGAGAAAACGUAUGUCCCAGAAGAGGAACUUUUGAAGCAAAUUGAAGCGAGUCCACCUCCAUUCAAUCUUCUUCUCGCACUUAACCACUCAGUAUUUAUCAAGGGUGAUCAUGCCAACUUUGAUAUUGAUCCCGCAGUUGGGUUCGAGGCCACUGAGAUAUACCCGGAUGUCAAAUACACCACUGUUGAAGAAUACCUUAAACGAUUUGUUUAGAUCCGUCUUUUCUUUUAACUUGAGAGUUGUUUGAAAAUAAACAUAUGAGUAGUUGUGGAGGGGUUUGUUACAGAGGACUGCUUUAAGUCCUCUUCCAAAAUGACUUUCUGGCAAAUGACGUUAAGAGUUUUUAAUUUUAUACGGAGUGUUGUUCGGUUUGUAUACGUUGAAUUUCAGUAAUGUUAAAAGAGUUCUAUAAAUCUGUAUUAUCCA